AUGGACAGUCUUGUUAAGUACGAAGCUUGUGGAUGGGGAUCUGCUGGCAGAGGCGAGGGCAGAGUGGGGGGUCCGGGUUAUCGUCACAAAGCAGCGGUUUGGUUUCAGGGGCCAUUGGGGUUUCCAGCAUGUUUCAAUCGGUACGAGGGGUGGCAAGGGGAGAGGGAGAAGGUUGCUCCGGGCCUGCAAAAAGUGGGGGUUACGGAGUUCUCUGCAGCUUCGCUGGGAGGUACGAUUCUGCCAGAUAUGGAUUUUCGGUUUGGGGAAAUCAUGGAACAGUACGGAGGAAGUCAUCUUGGGUCUGCCAAUGGGAGUAACAAAGGCAAAGCAACAUUACUACCGAGGCUCAAGAUCACGGUUCCACGUUUUGACAACACGGAGUUGAUAAAUGGUUACCCUCGGACCCUUAUUGGGUGGUGUAUGAACCCGUUGAAGCAGGACAUGAAUGCUCUACUGGUCAUGUUUCUGAGGAUAUGGAAGGUUGAAGACUAUGUCGCCGGAGCAGAUCUCGGUAUGGGGCAUUUCCAGUUUGACUUUGAUGAAGAGGAAGACAUCACUUCUGUUCUGCAGAUGGAACCGUACCAUUUCGAUGGUUGGAUAGUGGUGUUAGUUCGAUGGGAGCCUAUUGGGGAGGCUAUCGGAGAUGUUCAUGCUAUAGAUUUGGAUGGAGGUAGAGUACGAUUGACGCUAGAUGCUUUCAAACCAAUCAUUUUUGAGACAAUGGUAGAGUUUCAGGGAGGUGUGGAGACAGUGGUGAUUCUACGAUAUGAGAGACUCCAAGGUUGUUGCCGUGAAUAUCACAGCAUUUGUCAUGACACAGACCGAUGUCCAGUGUUAUAUCCGAAGAGGGAAAGAUCAACAGAGAGCAGGUACAAGGAGGAUAAACCGGAUGGAGGGGUCACUAGCUAUAAAGGGGCCCUUACUAGCAAUGGAAUUUCCUCGAUGUCUGAUCGUGAGCCACAACAGGGUUCCAAAGAUAUGCUGAAAGGAAAGGGAAAGAUCUCGGAGGUCAGAGAGACACGGAAGGCUCCUCCUUCCGGUGUGAAGCUGGAUGGUGAUAACUCGGGAGGCCACAGGGUAGCAGCACGGUCAUAUCCGCCGAGAGAAGGAAAACAAAGAUAUGGGGGCAUAACCAGAGGCAUUCAUCGGGGCCAGGAGAGAUUCAUAACGAAGCAAAAGGUCCGAAAAGAACUGGAUUUUAAACAAGGGGAGAUCGGAAUGGAUGAUCUUGGUGUCAUGAUUGACAGAGUGGCUAUGGGGGAUGGGCUAGAGGACAAAAGGAAUAAUACAGUCACAAGUGAUCAUAAUGACCCAGCGGAGGAGGAGUUUCUGGAAAUGGGAGAUGAUCUUGGAGAUGAGGAUGAGUUGGGGGCUCUCUUUAUGGAAGAGUGGAAAGCAGAGGUACAACACAAGGUGAAGCACGAUGUAGAACAGAUAACGGAUCUGGGUAACAUUGAAGAGCUAGUGACUGUGGGAGGAGAUGGGGAUGGUUCUUUGGAGGAGAGUGAAAAUUAA